AUGGUUCCGAGUUUACUUCAGAGCUUUUUCACACUUAUCGAACAGUCUAGCAAGACAACUACUUCAAAAUAUUUUCGAUCACUUUGUAGUGGCGGUGAACCAUUCUCUGUUAAACUAAGUACUCUGAUCGCAAAUAAUAGUGUGUCAGAGUAUAGUGUAUGGAAUUAUUACGGUCCUGCAGAAAUAACCAUUGCCUGUACACUUCAUCUUAUUGAUGUUAAAGCUAAUUCUAGAAGCAUUCCAAUUGGUAGAUCACUUCCUAACUAUCGAAGCUUGAUUUUAAAUAAAUUUUUACAAAGUACAACUAUUAAUCAAGAAGGAGAAUUAUUUGUUGGAGGUAUGGGUGUUUUUGCUGGUUAUCUUGGACGUGAUGAUUUGACAGUGAAAGCUCUUGUUGAAAUAGAUGGUGAACCAUUUUAUCGAACAGGUGAUCUUGUUAGAAUGGAUGACAAUGGUCUUCUCCAUUUUCAAGGAAGAAAAGAUCAUCAAAUCAAACUACAUGGACAACGAAUUGAACUUGGUGAAAUAGAAAGAUGUUUGCUUAACAUCACAGCUAUAUCUGCUUGUGUUGUCAUGAAAUGGAAAGAUGAUCAUUUAGUUGCUUAUAUUCAAUCAUCUGUAAUCAAUGAAGAACAAAUACGCCAACACUGUCAAUCACAUCUUCCACCACAUAUGAUACCAUCAUUAUUCAUUAUACUUGACAAAUUACCUUUGAAUCAAAAUGGAAAAAUAGAUCGAAAACUUCUACCACCACCUCACUUUUCAUCUAUUCAUCUCACCAACGGUAUAGAUCUAUUAUUACCGACAAACGAUAUUGAAGUUAGCAUUCAUCGUAUUUGGUGUGAGAUACUUAAACAAAAUCAGAUCUCAACUGAUACAAAUAUCUUUACUAUUGGUGGUCAUUCAUUAUUUAUCAUGCAACUUUUUCAUCGAUACAAGAUCGAAUUUCAUUUAGAAACAAAUUUUCUUUCUGUUUCGAAUCUAUUUCAACAGCCAACCAUUAUUCAUCAUGCUCAACUCAUUCAGCAAUCUAUCAAUACCAUCCACACUCUCGAUGAUGAUCCUUGGUCAUCAUUGUAUCUCACUCAAGGUAGAGCAUCAUUCGCACAAGAACGAAUCUAUUUAGAUGAAAAAAUUCGUUUUUCAUCCAACAAAACAAUGAUGAAGAAUAUGUAUGUUAUUCCAUUACUUUAUCGUAUAUCAUCUAUGAGUGAUCAUGUAUCAAUUACUCGAUUACAUUAUGCAUUUGAAAGUAUUAUCACAAAACAUAAUAUUUUUCGAACAGCGCUUUAUAUUGAUGACGCAAAUGCUAAUAUUAUACAACACUGUUUAAAUGCAGACAUCAUUCUUAACGAUGAUAUAAAAUCAUAUCCAUUGACGAUUGUUAAUAUUCAUAAUGAUGACCAUCGUCAUAUGAAUGAAACUAUCACAGAGAUAUUAAAUCAAGCUGAUUUAUUUGAUUCAUCAAAAGGACAUAUUAUUCGUUGUCAUAUUCUUCGUCAUUGUCAUCAAUCUCAAGAUGUUAUCUCAUAUGAGAAUGAUGAUCUAUUGACUGAAAAUGAUCACAUAUUGAUUAGUAUUCAUCAUGCAAUGUUUGAUGGGGCAUCAAGAUCGAUUUUCCUUCAUGAUAUUUCUCUUGCUUAUCAGUCUGAUGACUCUUUAUCUGUAGAUGCUAACUCAUUGAAUUAUAUAGAUUAUUCUGUGUAUGAACAUAUCAUGGAUAUGUCAUUGUCUCGUGAAUUCUGGCAGUCUCAACUUGAAGAAUAUAAUAUCGAAUGUUCAUUAUCAUUACCAUAUGAUCGACAACGUUCAUCAACUGGUCAACAACGAUCAGGUUUAGCAUCUAUAGCUCAAAUCAACUUUGAUAAUGAAUUAUGCACAUCAUUUCUAAAUUAUGCAUCAUCACAUCAUCUCACACUUUUUCAACUUGGAUUAUCCAUAUUUUAUGUCUUCCUAUUCAAACUAUCUCAUGGUGAAAAUGAUUUAUGUAUUUCUUCUAUUAAUGCUAAUCGAUAUCGAAGUGAGUUAGUGAACAUGAUAGGAAUGUUUGUAUCAACAUUACCAUAUCGUAUUCAAAUUGAUCCUCAAUGGUCAUUUGAUGAUCUUAUUAGAUAUGUACGAGAGAAAUGUUUAUCAAUUCUUGAACAUUCACAUUAUCCACUUCAACAUAUUCUCGGUGAUAAUCAAUUAAAUCAAUCGAACGUGUCAUUUCUCGAGACAAUGUUUGAUUUUAUCAGUGUGUCAAGAGAUGUCGAACAUUUAUGUUUGAAUGAUACAAAUUUAGAACAAAUACCAUUGGGGCAAGAAGCUGAAGUGUGUAAAUUUGACUUCUCUUUAACAUUUGAACACAAUCCAUUAUCAGAUAACAAGAGAUUAUCAUGUCGUUUUGUUUGUUCACAUGAUUUGUUUGAAAAAUCAAGUAUUUCAAAAAUAGCUCAAAGAUUUCAAUAUAUGUUUGAGCAAUUGUUUCGAACGCAAUCAAGCAACAUUCCUGUGAUGAAUGUGAGUUCAUCGAUUAACAAAGUGUGUCUUAUUCUUCCUGAUGAAGCUGAAGAAAUGGAAUUAAUCGUGUUUCGUCGAUUGGAGAAUAUUGUGAAUGAAGCACCAGCAUCAUUUGCACAAGCUCGCAUUUGGCUUGAUAAACGCAUUCGAUUCGAUCCAGACAAGCCACAAGUAGCAAUCUAUAAUAUGCCUUUUGUUUAUCGUCUGCAACCAGGUCAUACUUUAUCAAUCAAAAAACUUCGCCAUGCUCUUCAUCUCACUGUUAAAAAACAUCCCUCACUUCAUACACCACUUCAUUUUGAUAUCCAAAAGAAUCUACUUAUGCAACGAGUUAUUACUCAUGAACAUAAACAUAAUAAUAAUAAUAAUAGUUUGUUUUCAAUCAUCGAAACUACUUUUGAAACAGAUGAACAACUCAAUGAGAUUUUACUCAACGAGAAACGUAAUCCUCAUCUUUUUGAUCUUGCUCAAGGUCUUGUCUUUCGAUGUCACAUUAUUUAUUAUAAACAGAUCUCUUCAAAUCAUCUUCUUUCUCACAAAGAUAUACUUAUCUUCAACUUUCAUCAUGCUUUCUUUGACUUUCCAUCAAUGAAUAUCUUUCUUCAUGAUCUCAAUCAAGCAUAUACAACAGGGCAAUUAUUUUAUGAUGGCAACACUACUCUACGUUAUAUCGAUUAUGUCGUUAUUGAACAACAAAUGUCAAUGACUGGUGCAAGUAUGUUUUGGCUUGAUGCUCUUCAUGAUUGUAAACUUGAUCAAUCUUUGUCAUUACCAUUUGAUCGAUAUCAUCUCUCAAAUGAACAUCCAACUGGUCAUUCGAUAUCUAUUUCAUUUGAUUUUGGUCAAGAUCUCUUACAUGACUAUCUUACUCAUGCAUCAUCAAACAACAUAUCACUUGAAUAUCUCACAUUUGCUGUUUAUUUCAUCUUUCUAUUUAAAUCAACUAAUGGACAAAUAGACCUAUGUCUUGCUAUGAACAUCAAUAAUAAUCGAUACAGAGAUGAAUUGAAAUCAAUCAUUGGAUUGUUUGAAAAUGUUAUUCCAUUACGUUGUCAAUUAGAUCCACACUGGUCUUUUCAUCAACUGCUCGGGCAUGUUCGAGACAUAACAACAAAUAGUAUGAAAUAUUCAUAUUUUCCACUUCAACGUAUUCUCAAUCAACAUCCACAUAUUUCCAAACAUGCAUUUCUCGAUACAUCUCUGGAAUUUAUAUCAUACAAGAGCAGCAAAGCAACCAUGAUUGGUGAUUCUCAGCUUGUUCCAGAAUCUCUGUCAUUCGAUAUUAAUGAAGAUGACAUACUAAGAGUAUCCGACUUCUCUCUUUUAUUUCAUCAUGAUUUGAACAUGAGUCAACUAUCAUGCACAAUCAGUGCAUCACUUGACUUAUUCAAUCGAGAAACAAUAAAGAACAUUUCACAACGGUUUCAUUCCAUCUUACAUGAACUAUCUACAUCUAUGAUUGAUAAUCAAAUAAACAAACCAAUCUAUGAAAUAUCUUCAGCAUUAUCAAAUGAACGAUACCUAAUGCAAUCGUUAAAUAAUACACAAAUAUCAUUUUCAUCUCCUCUCACUUGUAUCCAUCAUGAGUUUGUAUGUCAAGUAAUGAAACAUCCACAAAAACUAGCUGUUGAACUAGACGAACAAUCAUUAACAUACUGUGAACUUCUAUAUUAUGUUCAAGUCUUAUCUGUAACUCUUCUUAACGAAUAUCAUGUGUUUCCAGGUGAGGUCGUGUGUCAAUGUGUUGAGCGAAGUCUGUCAAUGGUGAUUGGUAUUAUGGGAAUUGAAAUGGCUGGAGGUGUGUAUUGUCCAUUGUCACCAGAAAAUCCUGAACAACGUCUUCAAAAUCUUGUAGAACAAACACAAGCUCGUCUUAUAGUUGUUCAUUCAUUAACAAAUCGAAUAUUUAAAAAUAAUUUUAUUACAUAUGAUAUUGAUACAGCUAUAAACAUUAAUGAUAAAAUUACAAAUGAUGAUCCUUAUCAAUUAUCAAAUACUUCAAUAACUCCAGACGAUAUAUCAUACAUUGUUUUUACAAGUGGCUCAACAGGAAUACCAAAAGCGGUUCAAGUGCGACAUCGUAAUUUAACUGCUUAUAUGCAAAGUGUUGCUAAAAUGACAACAUUGAAAAAAAGUGACAAUGUAAUACAAAUGGCAAGUUGUUCUUUUGAUACUCAUUUUCAAGAUACUUUUGUAGCAUUAAUGAGUGGUGCUGGUUUAGUUAUGCUACAUCCGCAUGGUAAUAAAGAUUUAACUUAUCUUAUUCAUGAAUUAGUGGGCAAAGAUGUUACUUUUAUGGAUGCUGUACCAAGUUAUCUUGAUACAUUAUGUCAGCAUCUUGAAAUACAAAAUGCGACUGAAUGUUUAAAGAAAUUGCGAACAUUGUGUAGUGGAGGUGAUGUUUUAACAAAUCAAAUAAUGUCCCGUUUAAAAAAAUAUGUAUCUGUACCAUCAUCAUUGUCGUCGUCGGGUGGCUGUCAACUAUGGAAUGUGUAUGGGCCAGCUGAAGCAACAAUUACUACAACAUAUUUCCAAAUAGGAUUUGAUUUUGAUUGUGAUAAACAGCUGAUGUCAAUUGGAAAACUCCUUCCUAAUUAUAUUUGUGCAAUUAUGGAUGAUUAUUUUCAAUUUGCUGUUGUUAAUCAAGAAGGUGAAUUAUUUGUUGGUGGCGCAUGUGUAUUUGCUGGAUAUUUUGGUCGUGAUGAUUUAACAGCAAAAGUAUUGGUUGAGAUUAAUAAUGAUGUCUUUUAUCGAAGUGGUGAUGUUGUUCAAUGUGAUUAUCAAGGUCUUCUUUAUUUCAAAUGUAGAAAAGAUCAUCAAGUAAAGUUACGAGGACAACGCAUUGAAUUGGCUGAAAUUGAGAAAUGUCUUAUGAAUACAUCUUCACUUGUGUCUACUUGUGUUGUCAUAAAAUGGAAUGACGAUUAUUUAGUUGCUUAUGUUCAAUCUUCUCAUACCAACGAAGAACAACUACGUCAACAUUGUCAAUCUCAUCUUCCACCACAUAUGAUUCCAUCAAUAUUUAUUAUACUUAAUAAACUACCUCUGAAUCAAAAUGGUAAAAUAGAUCGAAAACUUCUUCCUUCACCUCACUUUUCAUCUAAACAUCUUACGAACAGUAUAGAACUAUUACUACCAAUAAAUGAUUUUGAAGUUAAUCUUCAUCGCAUUUGGUGUGAUAUACUAAAACAAAAUCAAAUCUCAACUGAUACAAAUAUAUUUACUAUUGGUGGUCAUUCAUUACUUAUCAUGCAACUUUUUCAUCGAUACAAGAGCGAGUUUCAUUUAGAAACAAAUGCUCUUUCUAUUACCGACUUAUUUCAACAUCCAACAAUUAUUCAUCAUGCUCAACUCAUUCAGCAAUCUAUCAAUACCAUUCACAGUCUUGAUGAUUAUCAUUGGUCUUCAUUAUAUCUCAUUCAAGCUGGAGCAUCAUUUGCACAACAACGAAUCUAUUUAGAUGAACAAAUUCGUUUUUCAUCUAAAACAACGAGAAAUAAUACGUAUGUUAUUCCAUUACUUUAUCGCAUAUUAUCUACGAAUGAUAAUGUAUCCAUCACUCGAUUACAACAUGCAUUUCAAUCUAUUAUAAAAAAACAUCAAAUUCUUCGAACAGCACUUUAUAUUGAUGAUACAAAUAGUAAUAUUAUACAACACUGUUUAGAUGCAAAUAUCAUUCUCAACAAUGAUCUAGAAGCAUGUAGAUUGACAGUCGUUAAUCUUCAUAAUGAUGAUCGUCGUCAUAUGAACAAAAUUUUCGAGGAAAUAUUAAAUCAAGCUGAUUUAUUUGAUUUAUCAAACGGACGUGUGAUUCGUUGUCAUAUUCUUCGUCAUUAUCAUCAAUCUCAAGAUAGCAUCUCAUUUGCGGAUGAUGAUCAAUUGAGUGAAAAUGAUCACAUAUUAAUUAGUAUUCAUCAUGCGAUGUUUGAUGGAGCAUCAACAUCACUCUUUCUUCAAGAUCUUUCUCUUGCUUAUCAAUCUAAUGACUUACUUCGUAUAGAUGACAAUUCAUUCCAAUAUAUUGACUAUUCUAUUCAUGAACACAUAAUGGAUAUGACAUUAUCUCGUGAAUUCUGGCAUUCUCAACUUGAAGGAUAUAAUCUCACACGUCAGUUAUCGUUACCUGCUGACCGACAACGUUCAUCAAUUAAUCAACAACGAUCAGGUUUAGCUUCUUCAGCUCAAAUCACUUUUGAUGAUGAAAUAUGUAGAUCAUUUCUCACCUAUGCAUCAACACAUCAUUUCACACUUUUUCAACUUGGAUUAUCUAUAUUUUAUGUCUUCCUAUUCAAAUUAACUCAUGGUGAGAUUGAUUUAUGUAUUUCUUCUAUCUAUGCUAAUCGAUAUCGAAGUGAACUAGUGAAUUUGAUUGGAAUGUUUGUAUCGACAUUACCAUAUCGUGUUGAACUUGAGCCCUAUUGGCCAUUUCAUGAAGUAGUUAAAUAUGUACAAGAAAAAUGUUUAUCAAUUCUUAAACAUUCUCAUUACCCACUUCAACAUAUUCUUGCUGAUUUGUAUCUUACUCAAUCAAAUGUAUCAUUUCUUGAAACAAUGUUUGAUUUUAUUACUGUGUCAAAAGAUGUCGAAUAUUUAUGUUUAAAUGAUACAGAUUUAGAACAAGUAUUGUUAGAACAAUCAGCUGAAGUGUCUAAAUUUGACUUUUCAUUAACAUUUCAAUACAAUUCAUUACCAGAUAACAGGAGAUUAUCAUGUAGUUUUGUUUGUUCACAUGAUUUAUUUGAAAAAUCAACUAUUUCAGAAAUAGGUCAUAGAUUUGAAUAUAUGUUUGAGCAACUAUUUCAAACACAAUCAAGUAACGUUCCUACGAUGAAUAUGAGUUCAUCGAUUAACAAUGUAUGUGUUAUUCUUCCCGAAGAAGCUGAAGAAAUGGAAUUAGUCGUGUUUUAUCGAUUAGAGAAUAUUGUGAAUGAAGCACCAGCAUCAUUUGCACAAGCUCGUAUAUGGCUUGACGAACGAAUUCGAUUCGAUCCUGACAAGCCUCAAAUAGCAAUCUAUAAUAUGCCUUUUGUUUAUCGUCUGCAAUCAGGUCAUACUUUAUCAAUUAAACAACUUCGUCAUGCUCUUCAUCUCACUGUUAACAAACAUCUCUCACUUCACACAUCACUUUAUUUUGAUAUCCAAAAGAAUCAACUCAUGCAACAAGUUAUUACACAAAACGAUAACUACACUGAUAUGUUUUCCAUCAUCGAAACUGCUUAUGAAACAGAUGAACAAUUGAAUGAGAUUUUACUCAACGAGAAACGUAAUCCUCAUCUUUUUAAUCUUGCUCAAGGUCUCAUCUCUCGAUGUCAUCUUGUUUACUACAAACAGAUCUCUUCAAAUCAUCUUCUUUCUCACAAAGAUAUACUUAUCUUCAACUUUCAUCAUGCUUUCUUUGACUUUCCAUCAAUGAAAGUUUUUCAUCAUGAUCUCAAUCAAGCAUAUACAACAAGACAGCUACCUAACAAUGAUAACAAUAAUCUACGUUAUCUAGAUUAUGCUGUUAUUGAGCAACAAAUGUCAAUGACUGGUGCAAGUAUGUUUUGGCUUGAUGCUCUUCAUGAUUGUAAACUUGAUCAAUCUUUGCCAUUACCAUUUGAUCGAUAUCGUCUCUCAAAUGAGCAUCGAACUGGUCGUGGAACAACUAUUUCAUUUGAUUUUGGUCAAGAUCUCUCACAUGAUUUUCUUAUUAAUGCAUUAUCAAAUAACAUAUCGCUUGAACAACUUGCACUUGCUGCUUAUUAUGUGUUUUUGUUUCAAUUAACGAAUGGAGAAAAAGAUUUAUGCAUUGGAAUAAAUACACAUGGCCGAUAUAGAGAUGAACUUCACUCUAUCAUUGGAAUGUUUGUGAAUGCUAUACCUUUGCGAUGUCAACUCGAUCCUCAUUUAUCAUUUCAUAAACUUACCAAGCACGUUCAAGAUAACAUGAUAAACUGUAUGAAAUAUUCAUAUUUUCCUCUUCAACGUAUUCUCAAUCAACAUCCAAAUAUAUCAAAUCCUGUAUUUCUUGAUACAUCAUUUGACUUUAUAUCGUCUAUGAGAAGAGAUGAGGAAGAUGAAAUAAUGAUUGGUGACAGUCGACUUUCUUUACUACCUUUUUCAAUUAAGAUAAGUGAAGAUGAAAUAAUGAGUAAAUUUGAUUUCAUUCUUAGUUUUCAACAUGAUCUGAAUCUAAAUGAAUUCUCAUGUACCAUUAAUGCUUCCGUUGAUUUAUACAAUGCUGAAACAAUUUUUAUAAUUGCACAAAGAUUACAAACAAUGUUACAUCAAUCAUCUGCGUGGAUUAUUGAUAAUGAAAUAAACAAGCCUAUCUUUGAAUUAUCAUUAAUAUUAUCAAAUGAGCAAUAUCUAAUGCAAUCAAUGAAUAAUACACAAAUACCAUUUUCAUCUCCUUUCACUUGUAUCCACCAUGCAUUUGUAUAUCAAGUGAUGAAACAUCCACAAAAACUAGCUGUUGAACUAGAUGAACAAUCGUUAACAUAUUGUGAACUAUUGCAUUAUGCUCAAAUAUUAUCUUUAACUCUUCUUAAUGAGUAUCAUGUGUUUCCAGGUGAGAUCGUGUGUCAAUGUGUUGAGCGAAGUUUGUCAAUGGUGAUUGGUAUAAUGGGAAUUGAAAUGGCUGGUGGUGUCUAUUGUCCAUUAUCACCUCGAGAUCCACAACACCGUUUACAUGCACUAGUAAAGCAAACUCAAUGUCGUCUUGUUCUUGUUCAUUAUUUAACUAAGACCAAAUUUGAUGAUGAUAUUAUUUCACUUAAUAUUGAUUUAAUAUUAAUUAUGAAUGAUCUGAAAAGUGACAUAGAUUAUAAUUGUCUUUCAAGUGUGAUAAUGAAAGGUGAAGAGAUAGCCUAUACUAUUUUCACUAGUGGUUCAACUGGAAUUCCGAAAGCGGUUCAACUGAGACAACAGAAUUUCAUCAAUUCAAUACUAGGUUUUGUUCGGAUUGAUGCACUACACGAAGAUGAUAUUAUGAUUCAAAUUGCUAGUUCAACGUUCGACGCGCACAUACAGGAAAUUGUAGGAUCUCUAAUCUGCGGUGCGACAAUAGCCAUGCUACAUCCACAAGGUGAAUCUAUGUCAAUAGCUUUCGUUAAAAUAUUGAUGCAGUUUGUUGCCCAAUCCUGUCAAAUAUGGAAUUUUUACGGUCCUGCAGAAGCCACACUUGGAACUUCAUGUCACCUAAUUGAUGUGACCUCUCACAUGCAUGAUCUUCCAAUUGGCAAACAACUACCUCAUUACAUAUGCUUACUUCUAAACAACUUCUUGCAACCUGUUAUGAUUCAGGAAGGAGGAGAACUGUCUGUAGGAGGAGUAGGUGUCUUUGCUGGCUAUCUUGGACGUGAUGAUUUGACUGCAAAAGCUCUUGUUGAAAUAGAUGGUCAACUAUUUUAUCGAACAGGUGAUCUUGUUGCAAUGGAUAUCAAUGGUCUUCUUUAUUAUCAAGGAAGAAAAGAUCAUCAAAUCAAACUACAUGGACAAAGAAUUGAACUUGGUGAAAUCGAAAGAUGUUUACUUAACAUUACAUCUAUCUCUGCUUGUGUUGUCAUGAAAUGGAAAGAUGAUUAUUUAGUUGCUUAUAUUCAAUCUUCUCAUGUUAAUGAACAGGAAUUGCGGGAACAUUGUCAAUCUCACCUUCCACCACAUAUGAUUCCAUCUUUCUUUAUUAUACUUGAUAAACUACCUUUGAAUCCAAAUGGAAAAAUAGACAGAAAACAACUUCCUUUACCCCAAUCUUCUUUAUCGACUUUGUUAUCGUCCGAUAAGUCUGAUAUUCCUCUUAAUCAGUUCGAAGAACGUAUACUCACUAUUUGGUGUCAAGUUCUUCAUUGUAAUGAAAACCACAUUGCUAGAACUACCAGUUUUUUCAGUGUUGGUGGUCAUUCACUUUUGUUUAUUGAACUUUAUCAUCAUUAUCAAUCAGUAUUUAACUUUGAUGCUCAUACACUUUCGAUUGCUCCAUUUCUUCAACAACCAACUAUAUUUCAACAUUCACAAAUACUUCAAACAGCUUUAAUGAAUAAUAUCAAGGCAACACAAUGGUACACAUUACAUAUCAAUGAAGGUAUUGCCUCUUUUGCUCAAGAACGUAUCUUUCUCGAUGAACAAGUUCGUUUUUCGAGUGAUAUUGCUAUCUAUAAUGAACUGGAUAGUGUACAAGUUGUUCAAGGAUCAUUAUCAGUCAAUCGUUUACUACAAGCACUUCGAUAUGUUUUGAAUAAACAUAAAAUAUUACGGACAUCUCUUGUGUUUAACAAUGAUAAUGGUAUUUUGAAACAAUGCAUCACAGAUAUACAUAAAACAUUCACAAUAGCUAUGAAUCAAUCAUUUGAAAAUGAAAAUGAACUUCAAGACAUUAUUUAUCGAACAACGAUUAAUUCUAAUCUCUUCGAUUUAUCAACUGGUCGUGUUUUUCAUGCUGAAAUCCUGAGACAUCAAAUAUCACUAGAUGAAAAUGAAAAUGAAAAUAGUAGGAAUGAAUUCAUAACCAAUUCUGAUGUUCUUCUCAUUGCUUUUCAUCAUGCAGCAUUUGAUCGAGCAAGUUCUUCGAUCUUUUUCAGUGAUCUGUGUUUAGCAUAUAAUACUAAUGCAACAUCAAUAGAAGAUGAUGAUGAAUCGUUGCAAUAUAUUGAUUAUAGUAUACAUGAACGUGUAAUUGAUAUGACAACAUCUCGUGAAUUUUGGUGUUUGCAAUUAGAAGAAUACAAUUUGAAAUCUCGAUUAUUAUUACCAGUUGAUCGACAUCGUUUAUCUAAUGAUCAUCGAUCGAGUUCUGCUUGUACUACUCAAAUCUCUUUUGACAACGAUAUUUCACAAUCAUUUCUUGAUUAUGCUUCUAUACAUCAUGUGACACUAUUUCAGUUAGGUUUGAGUAUAUUAUAUGCUUUUCUUUUCAAGUUAACUCAUGGUGAAAAUGAUUUAUGUAUCUCAUGUCUUAAUGCUAAUCGAUACAGAACUGAACUACACAAUAUAAUGGGAAUGUUCGUUUCAACACUACCAUAUCGUAUUCAAGUCGAUCCUCGUUGUUCAUUUGAUGAGCUUGUUGAAUAUGUACGAAAGAAAUGUUUGUUAAUUCUUGAACAUUCUCAUUAUCCACUUCAACACAUUCUUUCCAGUUUACAUAUUGAUCAAUCAAAUAUUUCAUUUCUUGAAACAAUGUAUGACUUUAUAACUAUAUCGUCACACAGCGAUGGAUUAUCUUUGGAUGGAGCAAGUUUCAAGCAAGUGUCAUUCGAACGAUCGUUUGAAGUAGCUAAGUUUGAUUUUUUGUUAAUGUUUGUCUAUAAUCCAAUGUUAGAAAAUAAUAGAUUAUCAUUUCAUUUAACUUGUUCACAUGAUUUAUUUGAUGAAAUUACAGUUACAAAUAUAGGUCGAAGAUUGGAAUAUUGUUUUCAACAACUUUUUUCACCGAAUCAAACCAUCAAUCAAAUUGAUACAUGUUUUUCAUCUGUAUCGAAAAUCGAUCUUAUUCUACCAGGAGAAACUCAAGAAAUGGAUGAUAUUAUCUUUUGUCGUCAGUCACAUAUUAUAAACGAAGCACCAGCAUCGUUUGCACAAAUUCGACUAUGGCGUAAUGCAUCUAUUCAUUUCACUCCUUAUACACCACAAGUACCAAUCUACAACAUGCCAUUUGUUUACCAUCUACAAAAUCAUCAUACUUUAUCAAUACAACAUCUUCGUCAUGCUCUUCAGCUAACUGUCAUAAAACAUCAAUCACUUCAUUCAUUACUUCUCUUCAAUACAGAAAAGAACCUUGUCAUGCAACGAAUCAUUGAUGUGAAUGAUAAUGGUAGACAAUUUUUUACAUUUAUUGAAAGUACUUAUGAAACACAGGAACAACUCGAUGGCAUUUGGUACGAUGAGAAAUAUAAUCCGAAACUUUUCACUCUUGCUCAAGGUCUUGUCUUUCGAUGUCAUCUUGUUUACUACAAACAAAUCUCCUCAAAUCACCUUCUUUCUGACCAGGAUGUACUCAUUUUCAAUUUUCAUCAUGCUUUAUUUGAUUACCCAUCAAUAAAUAUCUUUCUUCAUGAUCUCGAUCAAGCAUAUACAACAAGUCAAUUAUUGUAUGAUGACAGCACUACUCUACGUUAUAUCGAUUAUGCUGUUAUUGAACAAAAAAUGUCAAUGACUGGUGCAAGCAUGUUUUGGCUUGAUACUCUUCAUGAUUGUAAACUUGAUCAACCUUUAUCAUUACCAUACGAUCGAUAUCGUCUUGCAAAUGAACGUAGAACUUGUCAUACAACAUCGAUUUCUUUUGAUUUUAGCCAAGAUCUCUCCCAUGACCUUCUUAUAUAUGCAUCAUCAAACAACAUAUCACUUGAACAUCUCACAUUUGCUGUUUAUUUCAUCUUUCUAUUUAAAUUAACUAAUGGACAAACAGAUUUAUGUCUUGCUAUGAACAUCAAUAAUAAUCGAUAUAGGGAUGAACUCAAAUCAAUCAUUGGACUGUUUGAGAAUGUCAUCCCAAUACGAUGUCAACUAGAUCCUCACUGGUGUUUUCAUCAAUUACUCGAACAUGUUCGAAAGAUAACAACAAAGAGUAUGAAGUAUUCAUAUUUUCCACUUCAACGUAUUCUUGAUCAACAUCCACAUAUUUCCAAACAUGCAUUUCUCGAUACAUCUCUGAAAUUUAUAUCAAACAAGAGUAACAAUGUCAUGAUGAUUGGUGAUUCUCAACUUGUUUCAACAUCUUUCUCAUUCAACGAUAAUGGAGAUGAAAUACUAAGUGUAUCCGAUUUCUCUCUUUCUAUUUAUCAUAACAUGAACAUCAAUCAACUGUCAUGCAGAAUCGAUGCAUCGCUUGACUUGUUUAAUGGAGACACAGUGCAGAAGAUUUCACAACGAUUUCAUUCCAUCUUACAUCAGUUAUCUGCAUCUAUUAUUGAUAAUCAAAUAAACAAACCAAUCUGUGAAUUAUCAUUCGUAUUACCAAAUGAACAAUAUCUGAUGCAAUCAUUAAAUAAUACACAAAUAUCAUUUCCAUCUCCUCUUACUUGUAUUCAUCAUGAAUUUGUAUACCAAGUAAUGAAGUAUCCACAAAAACUAGCUGUUGAACUUGAUGAACAAUCUUUGACAUAUGCUGAACUUCUACAUUAUGUACAAAUAUUAUCUUUAACUCUUGUUAAUGAGUAUCAUGUGUUUCCAGGUGAGGCCGUGUGUCAAUGUGUGGAGAGAAGUUUGUCAAUGGUGAUUGGUAUUAUGGGAAUUGAGAUGGCUGGUGGUGUUUAUUGUCCAUUGUCACCUCGAGAUCCACAACAUCGUUUGCAUGCACUCACACAACAAAUACAAAGUCGUCUUGUUCUUGUUCAUUGGCUGUCAAAAUCUAAAUUUAAUAAUAAAGUUGUUUCGAUUGACAUUCAUUCACCAUGGAUUAUUAAUGAUAUAAUCAGUGCUCUUAACGUUGAUCGACUAUCAAGUAUUAUAGGCACAUCAAGUAAUAUUGCAUAUAUCAUUUUCACUAGUGGUUCAACGGGAGUACCAAAAGCGAUUAAAGUACGACACAUAAAUUUUGCUGGAUGUAUAUACUCUUUGACUGGCAGCAAUACAUUCAAUAAAAAUGAUACUGUUGUUCAGAUGGCACGAUGCUCAUUUGAUAUUCAUCUUCAAGAAAUACUUGGCAGUUUGAUGAUUGGGGCUACAUCAGUUCUGCUACGUCCAAAUGGAACAGUUGAUUUUGAUUAUCUCUCUCACAUCUUACACACUAAAGAAGUUACAUACAUGCAAAGUGUUCCAAGUUUACUUCAAAGCUUUUUUAUUUUUCUCGAACAGCGCGAUAACGUAAAUGCUAUUAAACACCUUCGAUCGAUUUGUUGUGCUGGUGAACCAUUUUCUGUUAAACUAAGAACUUUAAUCGCAAACAUUGGUAUACCACACUGUACUGUAUGGAAUCUUUAUGGUGCUACUGAAACAACACUCGUCUCUACAUAUCAUCUUGUUGAUAUUAAGACCAACUAUGCAAGCAUUCCACUCGGCAGAUCACUACCAAACUAUCAAUCGUUGCUCUUAAAUAAAUUCUUGCAAAGCACAUCUACUAGUCAAAAAGGAGAAUUAUUUACUGGAGGUGUUGGUGUCUUUGCUGGAUAUCUUAGAUAUGACAAAUUAACCGCCAAAGCACUCAUUGAAAUUGAUGGUGAAUUAUUCUAUCGAGUAGGUGAUCUUGUUCAUAUGGAUGAGAAUGGUCUUCUCCAUUAUCACGGAAGAAAAGAUCAUCAAAUCAAACUACAUGGACAACGAAUUGAACUUGGUGAAAUCGAACGAUGUUUACUUAACAUCACAUCCAUCUCUGCUUGUGUUGUCAUGAAAUGGAAUGAUGAUUAUUUAGUUGCUUAUGUUCAAUCAUCUCAUACGAAUGAAGAACAACUACGUCAAUAUUGUCAAUCUCAUCUUCCAUUACAUAUGAUUCCAUCGAUAUUUAUUAUACUUGAUAAAUUACCUCUGAAUCAAAAUGGCAAAAUAGAUCGAAAAUUUCUGCCACCGCCUAAUUUUUCAUCGUUAACUGAUAAUAUUGAUGGUAGUAUGCCGCGCAACACAUUAGAACAACAGUUACAAGAUAUAUAUAGUCAAGCUUUUCAUAUUGAAUCUCCUCAUGUUGAAAUUCCUUUUGGUCAACUUGGUGGUACUUCAUUGAGUGCUAUUCUUGCACUUUCAUUGAUCCGCCAACAGGUCUCUAAUAAAGUUGACAUUGGUCUUUUAUUUACUAAUCCAUCUAUUCGACAAUUGGCUCAAGCUAUAGAACCUUUAUUAGUUGUCGUAGAACUCCAAGAGACAGGUUGCACAGUCAAUGAAAUCCAUGAAACAGAUAUUCGUCUGAUACCUUCAUUUGUCAUCGAAUCUUUUGGUAUUGUACUCCUUAUUUACCAGUGGUUGUUGCCAAUCAUGAUAAUUCAUCAAUGGUGUCCACUUCUUUUUCCGAUCUUACCAAUAUGUCAUCUUCUAUUCUAUGUCAUAUGUUCACGUCUACUAUUGCCAGAAAAUGUUAAAGGAGGCGAUGUGUUUUCUUGGAACUAUUAUCGUUGGUGGUUUUUAGAUCGACUAUGGAAUAACAAUACAUUCUGGCUGCAACAUAUACUUGGUACACCAUUGUACAAUUGCUAUCUUCGUUUUUGUGGUGCUCGGAUUAGUGUCAAUGCACAUAUUUAUACCAUAACUAUUGAUGCUCCAUGGUUGUUAGAUAUUGGUGAUGGAACUUGGAUUGCUGAUAAAACGACUCUUAACUCUUUAUAUUUCAAUGAUAAUAAUACUUUCACACUACAUUCAAUUAAAAUUGGUUGCUAUUGUUCAAUUAGUGCCCAAUCGAUUUUGUUUAGUGGAGUUGAUAUGCAAGAUAAUAUUAUUGUUCAGCCUAUGUCAUCUAUCAGUGGUUUCAUCGCAUCUCGAACGAUUAUCGAUGGUGACGGACAUAAAUCGAUUCCAUCAGACAUUUCAAUCACACAUAGUAACCGAUUAUUAUUGAAAUGGCACAAGAUCUAUCAAGUUAUUACAAUCAUCUCACUCAUCUGUAUUCAUUGUACACUCUUAGCCAUUGUCUACAAGGUUUAUUCAGUUGAACAAAUACCACUACCUAUUAGCCUUGCUUUUUGCUGGACUUUGUGGUCAAUUUUUGCUUGUUUUAUCACUCUCUUCCUGUUGAAAUUCGUAGUUGGUUCUUGUGUUGCUGGUGAGACAUAUCCAAUUGCAUCGUGGUCAUAUUUACAUAAGGUAUGGCUUCGUCAAUUAAUUGUAUCUAGUUUUCAUCAUGCUUGGUCUUUACCAACUGGAUACGAUCAUCUUUAUCCUUUUAUUCUUCGUUGGCUAGGCGCUCAAGUUAAAGAUGAUGUCAAACUCGCUGAGAUAGGCACUUUUCUAUCCUAUCCAACAAAUUUAUUAAAACUCGAGACAGGAGUCACUAGUUUUGCUGAUGUUUUAUUAGUUCCUACUGAGAUGACACUUUCAGGUAAUCAUCGUGUAGAUUGUAUAACACUCGGAUCUCAUAUAAAUCUUGGCAAUUUUUGUUCAAUUUUGCCGGGCAGUCAUCUUGUGUCUUAUACUAUGGUUGGUAAUUUAACGCGUAUCACUCGAGAAACGAAUAGUAACAGUGGAGAUGUUUUCAUUGGUGUUCCAGCUCGUGCUAUGCCAUUUCAAAUGCCCUUUAGACAAGCAACGGAAGAUCAAAUUAAAACUAUUUCAUUUUGGAAAACUUGUUUUUCUCACUAUAUAAGUAAAUGUCUUCUCAUAGGUAUCUAUCUGUCAUGUGGUCUUGUUGGUGGAUCAAUUAUUCAUACAAUAAUUGUUUGCAGUUUCUAUCGAUGGUCCUCAUAUGUAGACAAUAAAAUAAUCAAACAGAUAAUAGGAAAACUAGGAGAAGAUCAUCGAAUUUUUAUUUGUUCAUUUCUUGGCAAUACACAAUGGCUAAUUCGAUUAUUUCGAGCAUAUGGUGCGAGCAUCGGCAACAAUGUCAUCAUACCUGAUUUUUCUUCUAUUUUUGAUUACAAUUUGGUAACUAUUGGAGAUCAUGUUCGACUUAACACCAGUGCUGAUAUUUCGGGUCACACUUUCGAACAACGUGUUUGGAAAAUAGCUCCUGUUACAGUGGGUAAUUCGUGCGUCCUUAUGAGUAGAUCAAUGGUAAUGUCAGGUUGUAAAUUAAUGGGUAACAAUCGGCUUUAUCCUUUUACACUCGUAAUGAAAAAUGAUCUAUUACAACCGAAUACACAAUGGAAAGGACUUCCUGCACAAUCUUAUGUGGCAAAAUCAAUUUUAUCUCGAUCUGUACCCAUUUGUGAUGAUGUCAUCAAAUAUCAACAGGGAUCCAACAGAUUUGAUCGACUGUCUUUUUGGUAUGAAAAAGUUUCAAGCAUUUAUACGAAUGUCAAUGAACUACAAUUUAUAAAUUGGGGUUAUGCAAAUUUAGAUGAACAUGUUGAUGAUAAUACUGGUUAUUAUUCGAAAAAACUUUAUCAACAGGUUCUUGCUAAUAUAACACUUACAGAUCAAAAUAUACUCGAAGUAGGUUGUGGUCGAGGUGCUGGUGCUGCUUGGUGUGUUCGAACAUAUGCUCCUCACUCUUAUAUUGGAAUAGAUCUUUCUAGAGAUGUUAUUAACCUAUGUCAACAAUAUUAUUCAACAAUACCUCGACUCUCAUUUAUGAUAGCUGAUCCAAAAACUCAUUUACCAUUUCAAAAUGAGUCAAUAGAUGUUGUUCUCUCGAUUGAGACAACAAAUCUUUUUGAUGAAAUAGAAGCAGUGAAGAAAUUCGUCCAUGAAGUUACUCGUGUGCUUAUACCUAAUGGAUGCUUCCUCUGGUGUGGCUUGUGUAAUGUAAAUGGAUCAAAUGUAUUGGUUGAUUAUUUAACAACAAAUAAUGCAUUUAUUAUUCAAGAGAAGGUUGAUAUUACAAGAAGUGUUCUUCAUGCACUUGAUAUUCAAAGUGAUUCACGUGCUGACUUUAUUGAGCGUUAUAUUGAACCUGCAGAUCGAGAAUAUUGUCGUCUAUUGGCUGGAUUACCUGGCACUGAACUUUAUGAUAAUAUGCAAGAAGGACGAGCAGAUUAUUGGCGAGUUAUAUUCCGCAAGAAGACAACAAAAAAGACACCUAUUGUUUAA